AUGACAGGUGAUCAUGCUUGGAACCUUCAGGUAAGGUCUCAUGUCUCAAUUUCAGACAAGACCAAGGUCAGCAACAUCGCUGGUAACCGUUAUGCACAUCCACUUCUUGUUAGUCUUGCCAAUAUUGAUACUGGUGUGCAUGCCAAAGGCUCCUUACAUGCAUAUAUCCCACUUGCUUUGCUUCCUGUUGCAAAGUUCAUGCACAGGAACAAGUGCAUGCAUGGGGUUCUUGCAGACCACUUACUUCACCAAUGUAUCAACCUUGUUGUUGAGCCGUUGAAGCAGGCUGCCUGUCUUGGCAUUAUGAUGAGUGAUUCACAGGUACCUAACAGUUUUAGCAGGUAUUGCUUCACCCCCCUUGUUGCUUAUGUCGCAGAUACUCCAGAGGAACUUGUAAUUGCAUGCACCACUAUGAACUCAUCACCUGUCACUAUGGCUACCCAUGGAGAGUUUGGAGACCCGAUCCGACACCCUCCUUGUGAUGGAUCAUCAACCCUUGCCAACAUUGCAGGAAUUAUCACAUCUAUCUUGCUGUCCAAUCUUGUCGCAUUCUUUGAGGCAUGCAAGCACUAUAAUCUAAACAGUGUCAACUUGCCAUUCUGGAGGAAUUGGUUUGCUGCAAAUCCUUCCUCCUUCCUCACUCCAGAACUACUUCACCAUCUCCAUAAAAUGUUCUGGGACCAUGACCGUCUCUGGUGCACAACAGUGGUUAGCUCACAAGAAAUUGAUUUUCAUUUUGCACUGCUGUUAAGACCGUGCUCAGGAGUAAGGUGGAGUGGUAUUGGAGGUGCUCAGAUCCGGUAUAUGACAGCUGCUCCAGACCAUUGCAAUGUUCAAUGGUAUAUCAUUGGCAUGAUUGCUGGUGCUGCCCCUGCUGACUUCAUAUCUGCUAUUUGGGCCCUCAUGGAGUUUAGAUACCUCGCUCAAGCCCCGCAUUUCACCAACAAGCAAGUAGUAGAUUUAGAACACUGUCUUAAAGUCUUUCAUCAGCUCAAACAGUCUAUUGUUGACGCUGGUGCUCAGCGGGGGAAAGGGGGUGGGGAUAAGCCAUGGGUGAUUCCAAAGCUCAAGUUGCUGCAGGGGGUAGUGCCCAGUAUUUAUUCACAUGGCACUGUCAUGCAGUGGUCUGCAGACCCCACUGAACAUGAGCACAUCAGGGUUGUGAAGGAGCCAUCGAGGGCAGGGAACAAUCAUGACUAUGACAUGCAAGUGUGUCGCCACCUCAAUCAUCAUGAUAAGGUGGAGUGCUUUGACCUUGCACUCCAGAUGCAUGCACAGGAGGACCACAAAAGUGACAAAGACAAUGAGGGUGGUCUUGCCCAACAUUUUGUCAAGGACUACUUUGCUUUUGCAUGUGACCUCAUUAAUGGUGUUCAUCCUCAAGCUCCCCGUCCCUAUUGA